AUGAAGGGUCUCAAAGAUUUUCGCAGGUCCCUCAACAAGGACCGCCAUUCUGGUGGCAAGCCUUCCACAUCCAGCGCCAGUCCAGCCACUUUUGCUAGCGUCAAGGGAGCCGUUGCUAUUCAGCCACCUAAGCUCGUCAUUCGCGCUAUCCGCGACUACAGAUCCGCAUCGCCUCACGAGCUCAGUUUCCACAAGGGCGACUUCUUUCACGUCAUUUCCGACCCUACUCCCAACGCAGAAUGGUUCGAGGCCAGCAACCCCAUGACCAACGCCCGUGGUCUCGUACCAUCUAGCCACUUUGAUGUGCUUUCCAAGAGCAAUCGUGCCAAUCCUGCCACCGUAGCCGGUCCAGGCGCCACCUCACCUACUAUUGGCAGCAUGUCACCUCCCUCGACCUCUUUGGCCUCCGCAGCAGUUUCCUCCUCAUCGUCCCAGGCUUACGGCGGCCGUGCUGCAGGUGCCGCAAUGACUGCCAAAGGCGGUGGUGGUCUCUACGCCGUGGUCAAGUACGACUUUCUUGCCGAACGCGCCGACGAGCUCCAAGCAAAGGCGGGCGAGUCCAUCAUCGUCAUCGCCCAAUCCAACUUUGAAUGGUUUGUCGCAAAGCCCAUUGGCAGGCUUGGCGGUCCCGGUCUCAUCCCUGUUGCCUUUGUCGAGAUCCGUGAUCUUGUCACCGGAAGACCCAUCGAAGAUGUGCAAGAACUCAUCGAGAGCGGCAUCGUCCCCAAGGUCGAAGAAUGGAAAAAAAUGACGGCCGAGUACAAGAAGAACACCAUUCCCCUCGGUCGCUUCGACUUUCCGCAAUCAGCGCAACCAGCCGUCGCCUCGCCUUACACUCACAUGGCCGCUGCCGCCUCGACAAGCAGCGGCAACCACGUCGGCUACCCACAAAGCGGUCUACAUGCUCAGCAAUCCUCCAUCUCAUCGCUACCCGUUCCUACUCCACCACCCAAGGAUGAUCUCUAUCACCAAUCAGGCGGGUCUCUGGCCGGUGCUAUGCAGUCCUUUGACGACAACGCCGUUGAUCCGCUCACGGAGCUUCCACCAGGCAUGUCACCAGGCGAGCCGCUACCCACAGGCAUCAUCACUUCAGCCACCGUCGAUUCUUUCCACUACGAGCAGGGCGACUACUGGUUCCGCAUCCAAGCCACUCACGUUGCCGGUCCCUCAGCAUCUGCGCCUUCAAAUGCGCCCGCAGCACCCGAAGGCGAAGAGCGCGACCUCAUCCUCUAUCGCCUCUACGAAGACUUUUACGAGUUCCAAAUCGCAUUGCUUGACCACUUCCCCGCCGAAGCUGGUCGCGAGACGGAUGCAAAUGGCCAUGCGAGCGAACGCAUCCUUCCACUCAUGCCCGGUCCGCUCGAUGUCGUUGACGAUCUCAUCACAUCCCAGCGUCGCGUCGACCUUGAUCAGUACAUCAUCGAGCUCUGUUCGCUUCCCGAAUACAUCAUGCGCUCCGAGCUCGUGCGUCUCUUCUUCGAGCCUCGUCCAGGUGACCACUGCACCUCGCAUCCUCCACGAGGGCCAACGGAUGAACAGGAUAGCAGCCUACAGUACAAGGAGUACGCCUAUCUUGCAGGAGGGCUAGAUAUCAGCAACCAGAGAACCAGUCAGCAGUUGCGAAGCAAUGGCGUCGACAAGUAUGCCGAGGAUCAACCUGUAGCUCACAGCAGUUCAUCAUCCAAGCAAGAGGAUGAGCUGAGUGCAAAGAUGCGCAACGCCUCGCUGGUUUCCGGCUCUGCGGGCGCUUCGUCAGGGCAACGUGAUUCGACCAGGAGCAGUGCCGUAUUUGGUGGCACAGGCGGAGCAGCGAGCACGGGACGCACAUCACAAGCGUCCAGUGGUCAUCGCAAACAGAACUCGUCGGGUCAAGGCGUGACUUCGGGCUCAUCGGCAAACGUCGCCUACCACCGAAUCAAGGUGGCGCGUCGCAACGAUUUAGAUAGCGUCAUCGCGCUCCGCAUGCCGCCCAGCCCGACGUUUGCUCAGCUGCUCGAAAAGACGCGAGAGAGGCUCGGCGCCGACGUUGCUACGUUCCAGUGCAACGAAAAGUCUGAUCCGAUCGUAGACGAUGCUUCGCUCACCGCCUGGCUGGACGAGGCGACGGACAGAGGGUGGAAGUUCAUGCUCCAUGCUUCCUAG